GCGCAGAUCCUGGUAAUGAAGGAGAAGAUUGGAGAGAAGCGGGGUGAGGUGGAGGUUGCCAAGCGGCAGAAAGAUGAGCUGGAGCAGACGAUGAAGGAUUUGCGGGAAGAGAACGACCAGAAGCAGGAAGAGCUUGCGGCUGCCAGGAGGAACAUCGCCACGGAGCAGACGGAGCUGCGGAAGAUCCAACAGGCGGUGGCAGACACGGAGAAGGAGGAGGAACGACUAGAAAGGCGAGUCCACCAGCGCAUGGACGAAAAGCGGAAGCUCGAGGAGAAGUUGGAGCAGGAGCAACACAAGAACCAGAAGUUCGCACAGGAGAGCGAGGAGAAGGAGCGUUUGCUCAAGUGCCGAAGGGACGAACUGCAGCGGACGAAGAAAGAGAAGGAGAAGGUGAUCAGAGCCUACGAGGUCCUGAAGAAGAAGGACAAGGCAACUGAAGAGGAGCGCCAGACCAACGAGAGCAAACGCAAUGAGCUCAAAUCAGAUGUGAAGAACCACCAGGAGAAGUCGGAAGUCCUAAAGAGGGAUGCCGACGUGGACAGGAAGAAGAUUGAGGACCUUCUACGGGAAAGAGACAUCCUGAACAAGAAUGUGGUCAAGGCGGACGAGCGCACCAAGAAGCAGAUCGACUUAGUCAAGCGCCAGGAGACCCAGGCGAUGAAUAUGCAGAAGGACAUCACUCGAUGGAAGCAGGAUGCGCAAGAUUUCCAGAAGCGCAUCAUGGAGCUAGAGAAGCAGCGAGAGAAGUACGGCAUCGAGCUCUCCCAGGCGAAUGCCAAGUACUUCGCUUGCAAGGAGGAGUUGAAGAAUCGUGGAUCGACCCUGACCGAAUUGAAGAAGCAGAUCGCGAAUGUGGAGGCCAAGCUGAACCAGCAGAAGAAUCUCUAUGACAAUGUCUGCAUGGACAGGAACACGCAGGCCAAGAGCUUGGUCGAGUCGAACGAGGAGAUCGCCGAGAUGAUGAGGAAGUUCAAGAUCAUAUCGCACCAGACGACCGCACUGAAGGAGGAGCUCCGCGAGAAGGACAGCCGACUUGUCCGCGGCCACUUUGACCAGAAGGAGUUGGUGAAGAACAACGAGAAGCUGACAGACGCAAAGGAGCGGGCACAGCGAAGGCUCAAGUCCCUCACCAACAUCGUGGAGACCCAGCGAUCGCAGCUCAAGAAGCUGGAGAGCACCAUCCAGGAGGCAGAGCAAGAGCGUCAGGCGCAGCUGAAGGAGCUCGAGGGUGUCGUCGGAGAGCGCGACAUCCUGGGGGCGCAGCUCAUUCGCCGCAACGAGGAGUUGGCCCUCCUCUACGAGAAGAUCAAGCUCCAGCAGAGUACUUUGCAGAAGGGCGAGAUCCAGUACGAGGAACGGCUGAAGGAGGUGACGAAGCUCCGCUACCAAAUCCGCGCUUGCAAG